AUGAUUUUUGCCAUUGGAGAAAUAAAUCAAAGCUAUACUAUUCUACCAAAUAUUACCUUGGGAUUCUGGAUUCUGGAUUCCUGCUAUGCUGUGGGAAGGUCACUGGAAGGGACAAUGUGGUUAAUAACUGGUCAGAGUAAACCAGUUCCAAAUUACUGCUGCCAGUCACAAUUCCUCCUCUCAGCAGUAAUUGGAGACUCCUCAUCUGUGCGCACAAUCCCAAUGGCUAGAAUGCUAGGCCUCUCUGGAUAUCCUCAUAUCAGCUAUGCUGCAUCUGUUACAGCCUUAAGUAACAAGAUGCAGUUUCCUUCAUUUGUGCGAACAAUUCCUAGUGAUGAUGCACAAUCCAAGGGGCUUGCACAAUUAAUCAUCCACUUCAACUGGACCUGGGUAGGAAUUGUCGCCUCCGAAAAUGAAUAUGGUGAGAUUGGCAGUCAAAUAUUAAGAGAUGCCCUCAAUGCUAAUGGUGCAUGUGUAGCUUUUUAUGAAAUUAUUCCAGCUGUGUACUCCAAAGUUAAAAUUCAACGCAUUAUAGCAACUAUAAUCCAGUCAACAGCAAAUGCAAUCGCAGUCUUCUCCAGUGAAUCCAUAAUGCUCCCCCUUAUGGAUGGGGUGUCAAAGGUAAAGCCCAUUGGGAAAACCUGGAUAUGUUGUGAAUCAUGGUGUACCUCUCCUGUUAUAUCCAAGAAAGACCUUUUGGAAAUGUUACAGCACACUAUUGGAUUUGCACUUCCUCAGACUGAAACUUCAGAACUCAAAGCCUUUCUAUAUAGCAUCCACCCAUCCUCAUCACUUGAUACCUUGUAUGUUGACCUCUUUUGGGAAGAAGUAUUUGGCUGUAGAUGGGUGCAGUUAAACAAAACUAUUAUAUAUAAUACUGUCAAGAUUUGUGAUGGGAAAGAACAUCUAGAAAAAGUUAACAUCUCACUCUUUGAUGUCUAUAAUUACAAUGUAUACAAGGCUGUGUAUGCAGUUGCUCAUGCACUUAACGACCUUUUGUCUUGCUCCAAAAAUAAUGGUCCAUUUGUUAAUCAGACGUGUGCAAACAUUUUUGAUUUUCAGCCAUGGCAGAUCCCUCGUUCAGUUUGCAGUGAAAGCUGUGCUCUAGGUAACAGAAAAGCUUCUAUACAAGGACAGCCUACCUGCUGUUUUGAUUGCAUCCUGUGUUCUGAAGGUGAAAUCACUAAUCAGACAGAUGUGACGGACUGUAUGAAAUGUCCAGAAGACCACUGGUCCAGUGAUAACAGGGAUAAAUGCAUUCCUAAAACACCUGAGUUUCUUUCCUAUGAUGACCCUUUAGGCAUGACCCUAGCUGGGGCAAGCCUGUGUUUCUUCUUCAUUCCUUUCACCACAUUGCUUCUUUUCAUCAAGCAUCGUGAAACACCAAUAGUCAAAGCCAACAACCGGCAUCUCAGCUACCUUCUCCUUUUUGCCUUAAUGAUGUGCUUCUUGUGCGCCUUGGUUUUCAUUGGUUACCCAGUGACAGUUACCUGCAUGCUUCGGCAUGUUGUCUUUGGCACCAUUUUUGCACUCUGUGUCUCUUGUGUUCUAGCAAAAACCAUCACUGUGAUCAUUGUGUUCAGUGCUACAAAUCCCAACAGCAGUCUGAAGAAUUGGGUGGGACACAAACUACCAUUGUCUAUUGUACUUUUUGGGGUGAUGCUUCAAGUAUUUAUAUGCACUGCAUGGCUGGCAACAUCUCCUCCCUUCAAAGAGCUUGACAUGAUCUCCUUGAAAGGGAAGAUAGUGGUUGGAUGCAAUGAAGGAGCCACAUAUGCAUUCUGGUGCAUGCUGGGUUACAUCGGGUUGUUAGCAGUUGUUUGUUUUAUCCUUGCAUUUUUAGCAAGAAAGUUGCCAGAUACUUUUAAUGAGGCAAAAUUUAUCACGUUCAGUAUGUUAGUGUUUGUCAGUGUGUGGAUUUCCUUUAUCCCAGCUUAUUUAAGCACAAACGGAAAAUACAUGGUAGCCCUGGAGGUUUUUGCCAUUCUAUCAUCAAGUGCUGGUUUAUUAGGGUGCAUAUUCAUUCCCAAAUGUUACACAAUAAUUUUUAGGCCUGAUCUAAAUGUUAAACAACAUAUUGCUGGCAAAGGGAAGCAAAUAUAA